AUGUUUUGCUCAUGCGACCUUGUUGCCAGCCAACACCCGCACUUUGUUUUCAACCCUGCUCAGACCUUUGUCGACCUGCAAGCCGAGGCAUUCUCUGGCUUUUACAACGUCGCUCCAGAGAUUAAAGUCAUGGAGAAUACCCCCAUGCCUUCCCUCCCUGGUGACUUUGUCGGUACUGACUAUGACAGUUACUCCAACGUCGCAUCCAAUCCAUUGUCCUACGCAAUUUCCGACGACGAGCUGCUCAUCACUCCAAUUCCUCCGACUCUCGGCCCUCUCCCGUCAUCUGAGCAAGGCAUCAACCCAAUAGUCCUUUCCAGAAAUCCGUCGACGUCGCCGAGCAGUGCCUACCAUACUCCCUUGGAGGACCCACUCUCGUUAAUUGACUUGCCUCAAUACUUUUCGAGCCAGUUCGCGGCCCAAGGCAAUCAAGCGACGAUCCUCCCCCAAGAUCUGAUUCCGAUGUACUCCGGAGAUGCUGCGUCUCUUCAUACUUCUCCCAAUCAGUCCACCAUCUCGCCCAAUGCUCUUCACAGUUCGAAUCAUCUGACCAGUUCGGCCCCCUUUUUCGUCGCUCCCGCAGCUCUACAUCCGGCACACCCACUGUCCAGAGUCUCUUCGCCCACACCAAGCUUUCGCACGGCUCCAGCGACUCUGAGCAGGCCAGGAUCCGCCUACUCCGCUCGUUCGGUUCAAUCCUUCCAUAGCCAACGUCCCUCGCUCCAGCUGUCAGCUUCGUUUGCCUCCCACUCUGUGGUCGAACCAGGCCGCUCAACUUUUCCCGCGGUCAAUCUGCCCCCGUUGGUCAUCAAUGAACACGCUCGGGUCACCGCUCCCACCCUCGCCAGCCCGACUCCUCAGCGGAUUAACCCCGCCAGUGCACCGUUUGCCUUCCCACCUCAAUUAGACGCCAGUGUGAAUGCUGGCGCCACUCUCCUAUCCUCAAUGGGCCCUUAUCCGGCAACGAUUGAUCCUGCUGCCAUUGUCUCUCCUCGGAUUGCAAGGCAUACCCGGUUUGGCUCGGCACCAACGUCUGCGUCUUACUCUCCUAUGCAUGGCGCAACGCUCGUGACCGCAGACAACGGACUCCCGGCUCACGAAUCGCUGAUUCUCGCGAGUCGGUCGUCGUCUAUUGCGUAUUCACAGUCCAUGCUGUUAGGCGACGCACUCCGUACCACGCGCCGAUCUGUCUCGCCCACUGCCCGCUCUUCAUACCAUCAUUCGGAGAUUGAAGAGAGUGGGAGCAGUGCUGGUUCGCCCUUCACACCAUUUGCGCACACCAGGAACGCGAGCAUUGUCAGCGCUUCCAUUCCCGUCAACUACUUUUCCAAUACGUUUAAUGGUGCGGAAAGCAUUGGCUCCUUGCAGCAAGCACCAGGAGGUAUCGACCCCAGUUUGCUUAGCGCUCAGUCUGCGUGCGCAACGUCUUCACCAAGCACUCGGCAUUCGACGCCGUGGUCCGAGUUUGCUCAGUAUUCCGUCGAGCAGAGUGAGGCCCUUGGAUCGUACUACCCUGCUGUACCCGCUCUCCAGACGACUAGCAAGCGGAUGGCGGCGCCUCGCAAGACCAAGCAGCAACCUGCCGAGAGUCGCACUGUAAACGCAGAGUAUACAGAUGAUGAGUAUAUCAAUGGACAGGACACGGACGACGACUAUGAUGGUGACGACAAGAAGCGCAAGCGUGGCAAGUCUGCUUCUGGAGCCAACAAGAGACGAAAGACGACCGGUUCCGAGGACCAGUCCGACGCUGAAAGCGCUCAAAUCUCCAAAAUGAUGAAACGCAAAUUCGAUACGUUGCCGAAACUUACAUCGGACAUGCGGAGUUGCCCAGUGUGCCAUUUCGUGCCUUCGAACAAGCGCUUUUCAGACGUCCAACGACACUAUCAGAGCCAUUUCAAAGAGGGCGCCAAAGAUAAGCGCAUCUACGUAUGCACUCUCUGCGGCGACGUGGAACACGACCCAGUAACCAUGCAACGUGUGUAUAACAAUAGGCCCGGUCACCCCAAAUCGGUGACGACGGUUUACACACGCAAGGACAGUGUGAAGCGUCACUGGAACAGUUAUCACAAGCCAACGGAUCCCAAUUGGCAAGAGGACUACAUCACGACUGUCGAUGCCGUGCACCCUGAUGCGGCUGGCGCAAAGAAAAAGUCGGCAAGGCAGGGCGAAGAGGCGAUCGAUGAGUGGUCCCUGGGCGACUCGAGCGUUUCUUUCCCCUUGUCCGUCUGA